AUGCCGGCUUCACGAUCAAACGUGACCAAACGUGCCUGUGACGGGUGCAAGAUCCGCAAGAUCCGUUGCGGAGGCGGCCAGCCAUGCGUGGCCUGUACCAACUCGCGCAUCAGAUGCACUUACAUUCGCGUUCAGCAGCCGCGAGGUCCGCAGCGUUUGCGCUCGACGACAAAGUAUCUCAUCGAGCAGACGCAGCGUGGACUGGACGCUCCAAAUGGCAGAUGCGCCUCUGCUCCAGUUGAACAGGCUGGUCAUCAAGGCCAUCAAACAGAGAGAUUGCGAAUACCGACCAACAUCCUUGCCCCUCCGCUCUACGUAUAUCACAUGCGCAUGUAUCCGGUUUGGCCCAUCGUCAAUGCCGAAAGCCUCAUCUCGGUACUACAGGAAGAUACAGAACGAAAGGAUCUGUCAACCUAUACCCUGGCAACAGCCGUCGCAGCAGCCACCCUGGCUCAACUCAAGCUCGAAGAUUCGACUACCGGCGACUCGCCCACCGCAGACGCCUUCGCGGCCGAGUGCUUGCAUGCCCGUGAUUCGUGUGGAUAUAGGUCAAAACCAAGCUUGGACAACAUCCGGACAUCGUUCUUCCUACAUGUAUACUACGAGAACCAACAGUCCGGAGGGAGCGAGUCGCUGCUUUAUCUAAGGGAAGCCAUUACCAUGGCGCAAAUGAUGCGCUUACAUCAGGAGGCUUCUUACAUCGGACUCAGUCCGGAGGAGCAGCAACUCCGCCGUCGCAUACUAUGGCUGCUUUUUGUGACGGAACGGGGUGUUUGUAUCCUCCACCAGUUGCCGGUGAUACUCAAAACUAACAUCUCGACCCCUGGGCUUGACGUCAAUGACGAGCCGCAAGUCUUACCUGCAUUCCUGAAACUACUCAAUCUGUUCCGCCUUUUCGAAAAGUCCAAGAUGUUCGAUGUGAUAGAGUGCGAGAGCGUCGGACCUCAUGACCUCAGCAGAGCGGGACCGGACGGAAGAUUCCUCAAACUGCUACAGGACGGCCUGCAGGACGGGUCGGCACUACUGGAUCAUACCUCGGACGUGCAGAAAGCAGAUCUAUGUGUUACCCGGCAUUGGAUGCGUCUCAUCCUGUGGAAGAAUCUGUCAAGAAACAGGACCACAUACGCACAUUCACCGACUUCGCUUUUCUCACCGUUGUUUCCAGUGAUGGUCGCAAAGGAGCUCGUGGCCAUAGUAACUCAGUUACCAAGACCGGCGAUUGAGGCGCAUGGCUUGGGAAUGGAGUUGAAACUGUACGAAAUUGCCAAUUCUCUGGCGGAUGCGGUUAUGAACAUGGAAAUGGCCCGCUGGCCUCCUGUUUGGGACGUCGAAAGCCGUCCAAGUCAGAUAUUGACCCGCUUACAUGCCAUUCUGUCAACAUUCCGCGGUGGUGGCAACAAGCAGCUGGUGGAAUUGCUGUACAAGAAGAUGGCCGAGGUGGAGUCAAUUAGCGGACUCACAUUGGGAGUGUCUCUGGAAGAGCCGGCUAGCAGGCCGCCAUUUCAGCAGUCAUCCGAGACACCAACUUGUAGAGAUGCAGCGACAGAGAACGCACUCAUCAACGAGUUACCAGCCGAAUCGAGCCAGAUGGUUACAAACCAUUGGUUCGAUUUUGGAGCUUCAUACACAUUGCAAGAAGGCGGAGACGCGCAGCCCGAUCGUUCUGACGGUUGCAUUGUACCCAACGAUAUGAUGACGGCAGUAGCUUCGACACCUGGCACAUACUCCAACGCAUGGACCACGGAGUCCCUACUCAUCCCUGAAGACAUUGGGGAGAUGGCAUCCCUCUUCACGUCUUUACCAUCAUGGCCAACACCUGACGAGGAAUUCUUGAGAUCAUUUGAAACGCCCUUAUCCAACGAGGAUAUGGUUUUCGUGCACGCACCGAUAGUAGGAACUUGA